UGUCUCGGCAGACGUCAGUGCAACCUCUCCUCUACUCGCCUCUCUCUCACGGUAUCCUCACAUGAUGCUCAGUCGCUCACACUCUCUGCUCCCAUCAACUACUACUCCUCAGUCCUGUAGUGCAGCAGACAGAGGCGUGCCAGAGAAGACAAAACCACCCCUCUGAAUUGGACAACCAUCUGUUUAAAGCACCUUCACCACCAACUCCCUUCCUCGCCUCUCCUAAGACUCCAACAAGAGUUCUAUAUUCUAACUCGCUCGCUCGCCUCCAUUGUCUUCUUCUUCCUUUCUCGGUGAACUCACAGCAAGCAUGGUCAAAAUAGAGGAGAACAAGCUCAACGCCGCCACCGCCGUCGACAACAGAAUCUCCAUCAAAGUCAUCAGCCAGGACGGUAACCAUCUCUGCAUGAAGAUGAGCCGGACGACGAAGCUGGGCAAAGUGAUGGAGGUGUUCUGCGAGCGCAAGGGCCUCCAGCUCAAGUCCUUGAGCUUCACCUUCGAUCAUCGGAAGGUCGGAGAAGAUCAGACCCCGGAGCAAUUGGGGAUGGAGGAUGGCGCCGAGAUGGAAGCGCACAAAUCAACGUUUGGCGGGUGAAAUUUACGGUGGAAGGAGUGGGGGAGGAUUAGAACUUAGGAGGAAGGAGUGGACUAGAAUAUGUCUCGUUUUGUUGUUUCGUUCUGGUUUAGUGGCUGAAUCUUCAAAAGCGUAUCGAUGUUUGAAUGAUCUAUCUUUAAAACAUUCAUCUUAUGAGCUAUUUUUAUCUU